AUGGGUUGUGUUCAGGCUAAGUCACUGGAUUUGGAAGCUUCAGAUUAUAGAAGCCUAGAGAGGUUGAAAUUGGAUAAUGGGUAUGUUGCAAGUUCUGACUUUGUUGCUCACAGAAGAUCCACUGGAGGUGUUGCCAAUGGUGAAAGGCAAGGCCUUGCUGUUGGUGUGGGUCAUAAGGACAAGUUGGUUGGCAGAGAGAGGAGUAAGAAGUUGUCAAAUAAGUGUUUUGUGGAUGACAUGGUUGGUGGGUGGCCCAGGUGGUUUGUUGAUAAUGUUCCUGAACAGGUUUUGGCUACUCUGGUUCCUAAGAGUGCUGAAUCGUACAAAAUGAUUGAUAAGGUAGGGCAAGGAACCUACAGCAAUGUCUAUAAAGCUCUGGAUCGAGACACGGGAGAAAUUGUGGCCCUGAAGAAGGUCCGCUUCAAUACAUCAGAACCUGAAAGCAUAAAAUUUAUGGCAAGAGAAAUUAUGAUAUUGCAGAGACUGGAUCAUCCCAAUGUAGUAAAACUUAAAGGAUUAGCUACUUCAAGAAUGCAAUACAGUUUAUAUCUAGUUUUUGACUUCAUGCAAACAGAUUUGGCAAGAAUUAUUGCUCGUCCCGAAGAAAGAUUAACUGAACCACAGGUCAAGUGCUAUAUGCAUCAAUUGCUUUCAGGUCUGCAGCAUUGCCAUGAUAGGGGAAUUCUGCAUCGGGAUAUAAAGGGGUCAAACCUUUUGAUUGAUAAAAAUGGGAUGCUUAAGAUUGCAGAUUUUGGGCUUGCCAAUUUUUAUGCUCCAGACCGUCACCAGCCUCUCACAAGUCGGGUUGUGACACUAUGGUACAGAGCUCCCGAGUUGUUGUUAGGUGCCACAGAUUAUGGAGUUGGUGUUGAUCUAUGGAGUGCUGGAUGUCUCUUGGCAGAAAUGUUUAAAGGAAUUCCAAUCAUGCCUGGAAGAACAGAGGUUGAGCAACUUCAUAAAAUUUUCAGGCUAUGUGGCACACCAUCAGAGGAGUAUUGGAGAAAGUUGAAACUUUCUACAACUUUUAGACCUCCAAAGUCUUAUAGACCAAGCCUGGUAGAAUCUUUCAGGGAUCUACCUCCAUCUUCUUUGGGUCUUUUAUGCACUUUGCUUGCUUUGGAUCCUGCAUUUCGUGGCAGUGCAUCUAAAGCUCUAAAAAAUCAGUUUUUCUCUACGAGCCCAUUGGCAUGUGAUCUCUCUGGGCUGCCUGUAACCUACAGAGAGGAUGAUGAGCUUGUUCAAGCGAAGGAACAGAUCAAGUACAUGAACUCUAAAAUCAGGCGUUCUCGUACAUAUCUAGAGCGUCAGAAGAAUUUAGCAUCUAAGAGGCCAAUAGAACACACUGCAUCUUCUAAAGAGGAAUUGAUAAGGAAUGUUAAACCUGAAACUUAUGUUCCAACUGAAGAAAUGGAUAGCACAAGUAGUACCUCAUCUAGUGUAAACCCUGCUGGGGCUAAGGAUCACUCACCUUUCUUUCUAUCUCCAUUUAAAGGUUCAGAUCAAAAGCUGUCUCCUAAACUCCAUCACCAUGCUAAUGUUGGUGAAAAAAACAUCAAUAAACUUCCUCCACUACCCAAGUCAAAACCUAAUGCUAUAAAGAAAGAUGACAACAGAUACAGACCAAACCAGGUUUUCAAGUCAGCUUCCACUAGAGAAUUCAGAUACUUAAAACGUGACGAUCGUUUAAUCUUUGAAAUUGAUGAUUAGGCUAUUAAAGUUUAUGUAAACCCAAAACGGUUAUUUUUAUUUUAGCAUUUGAUGUAUUCUGACAGCUCUACAUAUUCUUUGCUCUCUUGGUGUGACAUUACUUGUCGACCCAC